AGAGUCCCCAGAGGUCAGAUGCCUCGGGCGGUCAAUGUCAGGCAGCAAUGUCGCCUGGCGGUGCGCCUGGCGGUGCGCCCGGAGAGAGCUGAGAGAGAGCAGAGAGAGCGGGAGAGGGGAGAGGAUAAGUGCGGUUACAGUGCUAGUGUGAGGAGUGGCGGAGUGGUGUGGUGGUGUGACCCGUGUCGCCAGACGGGACAGUUAGGUCAGUCGUGUCAGGUCAGGUCGGGUGACAUACUCGGUGAUCAGCGGAGACGAGAUCAUCGGUGGACAGGUCAGGUAGUGUGACAGGAUCUCGUGGCCUGAUCGCAUCGAUACUAUGACGCAUAAGAUCAUAUGGGACCCGCUUUGAUCUGACUGGAGCACUCACAAGUCGUACGACAACAAGCGAGGUGAAAAUUGUGAUCUGAAAACGGUCUUUGGUUGUAUCAAGAUCCAACAGUCGGGUCGAGAUAGCCAGCUAAUUCUGCAACAAGCUGCAAAUCAUGGUGGUCAAAGUGUACGUCUCUGAAUACUCCGGCAAUUUCGAUGUGAAGAAACAUCAGCAGCGGGUGGAGACGGUGCUGCAGUCGGUGGGGGUGCGUCACCAGCUGGUGGACGUGUGUGCGCCGGAGCACCUCGAGCAGCGGCUCUUCAUGCAGGAGACGGCGCGGCCGUUGCCCGGAGAGAGGCACCCACUGCCGCCGCAGAUCUACAACGAACAGCACUACUGCGGCGACUACUUUGACUUUGACUACGCCAACGAGACGGGUCAGCUGCUGCAGUUUCUACGGCUGGAGGAGGGCGACGUGCAACUUCCCGUGAGGGAACAACCUGCUUCAACGUCCCCUCAGCCGACUACUGCACCUCGACCAGCGUCUCCAAAGCCAUCCUCUACUCCGGCGGAACGGCCGGGUCCGUCUCCCUCUCCCUCUCCGGAGCCGGAGACCAAGCCAAAGCCGCAGCCGGAGAUGAAACCGGAGCCGCAGCCGCCGCGGGCUCUGCCGCAGGAACCCUGGCAGAUCGACAAAUCCCAAGGAGAAUGUAUGGACGUCGAUAAGGAAGCAUAGCCGGGCGGCUCGAGAUGAUGUCGUCACGGGCGCCUUCCGCCGGCAGCCGUCCAUGCUGCGUCCGUCGCUCCCGAGCCUCAACCCGAGAAUCUCUGUCUCCCUGCGGCUGAAAAUACGACGCUGAACGGGCCAGGGUCGAUCCUGUGCAAGAAACUGAUCGAGUCUAGAUUGUCAAGUGCAAAUUCGUGAAAUAAAUACUGCCUAUACGAGAGUCAUUUUUGGACUGACUUUAUCAGCAAAUAGGCAUAAAACUGUGGGAAAAUAAAUCCUGGGCCCUAAAGCUAAAAUCUACACUUGAUACGAAUAUUAUAAGUACCUAUA